CAAGUCGGUGUCACUGUGACCAUGAGGCUAUGGCUACAGCAAUUCCCAGCAAUCAUCCCACUGACCAUCUCCAUCCCCUCUGACUGAGGAUAGCCUGCGCGAAUGGAAGGAGCAAGGUCUUGUCUAUCGUGCUGUCAGACAUGCAUCACAAACGGUUUGGAUAACGAGCACGACAAAUCGAAUCCCCUUGCCCUUGAUAAUCUGUUAUCUGCGGGAACUAUCACUGUAGAUGUCCAAGACAGUCAUCCGCACUGCAAUCAUACACACGCAAGUGACACCUGGCAUCCAGUGCCAUCGCGUCAGCUGUCUGUUUAUGCAGAAGAUGAUGUAUUCUGCAAGAUCUCUUUUUUGACUGAACAUCAAUUCCUACGUGCAACAUGUUGCUUUGGAACGAGUCGACGCGUGUUAUAUAUCCGCAUAUAUCUCGUACCCAUCGAUUUGCCGAAUGUGCAAGCCAGCCUGCGAUAUCGCAGUGAGGCUGUCUUGAAAGAGGGUCAACGCCACCUCCAGUCGUUACUACCCACGAUCGUACAGGACCAACGUUCCUGGAAUGCCGAUGAGCUCCCCUCAGUCAGUCAACCUCGACAAUAUUUAUUGCCAAGGAAUAUCGAUAAUCGCACAAUGGCAGAAAUCUAUAGCGACCUUCCAUCAUUAGUUUCUUCGACAAUUGAUGUAGGACAAGAAAUCAGGGGUCUUCGUAGUGCUUUGUAUGAGUACCAACGACAGUCCGUGGCCGUGAUGAUCGAGAAGGAGCUGAGCAACCAGCCUGUUCAAGACCCCUUGUACAUUCCGAUUUCAAGCAUGGAUGGCAAAUGCUUUUAUUUUCAGCCUUCAACCCUUAGCGCCGCGCGUGAAUGCCCAACAGUUGCUCGGUGCAAGGGCGGCAUUUUAUGUGAAGAACUAGGCACGGGAAAGACAGUGAUGAUCUUGGGCCUGGUUCUUGCAACUGUCGAUCAGCUACCUCAGCCAGAAGAAUCGCUAUUGGACUACCGCCCUAUCAUGUCUCCUUUGGCCUACCGCACGUUUCCCGCAGAUGAGUACCUUCAGGCUCGAAGAAGGGCUGGCACGCACAAAAGUUCGACGCUCGAUGCAGCGCGCGUUCCAUCUCUCGUUGAAAUUCUUCUUCACCGCAUAAGGACAUGGGGUGACAGGGUGGACGUACGACCAUACGAAGAACAGCUAGAGGCAUCUAACCUCUGGCAGCUCCUUCAAGCCAACACGCCGUUUUAUCACCACUACCCUGUUAAAUCACCCAUGCGUGCUCUUGGCCAUUCUCGCACAAGAGACCGAGCCUCGGAAUAUCCCCGACUUAUGUAUCUAACAACAGCAACACUUGUUGUUGUGCCCGUCAACCUACUUGGACAGUGGGACAGGGAAAUCCUGAAACAUUGUCGUAGCACUUUAAGACAUCUUAUCAUCCGACGGACAACGCAAAUCCCAAGUGCGAGGGUUUUAGCGUCUGAUUAUGAUGUACGUUUCCGCAGAGAAUCGGCGAAGAACAAAGUGGUUCAUUUGCACAGACUCAAACCCUGCACUUGUGCUCCAUUUCCUGGCAGUCGCGUACCGAACUGCUGUUGUCCCGGCGAUCCCAGCUGUCAUACCUCAGGGAACAUGGCCGCGACCUUAAACUAUUUCGUUCGCGAGCUAAGCAUCGAACGGAAAUGGAUUGUCACUGGAACGCCGACGUCGAAUAUUCUAGGGCUGAGCUUGGGCCGCAAGCAGGAUGACGACAUCGAAGAUGUGAUUAGGGCUGACAGGUUCUACUCAUUGCCCAUACCUGCUACAACGGAUGGCUCUGCAUCUGAUACCUCUUCGAUUUCGGAUUGUGGCGCAGAGAACGCAGUCCGGAUAUGGGGGACGUACGACUACGUCAACUUACGAAAACUCGGGACGAUGAUCAGCGACUUUCUUGCAGUUCCCCAGUUCCAUUCUGAUCUCAAACUGUUCGGUAGCCAUGUAUCUGCUCCCCUGUGCGAUCGUCGUGGGCCUCGCGUAGGCGCAAUCAAAGUACUGAGUCAGGUCAUGGAAAUGGUCAUGGUUCGACACAGGAUCGAGGACGUCGAGGAGGAAGUAGUUCUACCUCCCAUGCGGCAUACACCCAUCUACAUGGAUCUCGAUGCCUACGCUGCGAAGUCUUACAAUGCAAUGCAAGCCAGCAUUGCAGUUAACGCUAUUGACUCUGAACGCGAGGGUCAGGAUUACAUCUUCCACCCCAGGAACGCGAAGAAUCUUCAGAAUGCCAUGGACAAUUUGUCACAAGGGAUGUUCUGGUCGGCGUCCGAUAUUCUGUACAACGUCGAUCAAAUACGCUAUAGUGCCCCCGAAUUUCGGUCUCGUGCUGUGGCAGCCAAAGUGCCUGAUCAUGACAUGGCGCUAUUGGAACAAGCACUAGCACAUGCAGAGGCGGCAGCGAAAGAUCCUCUGUGGCGUGCCAUGCAACUACAGGAGGAUGUCCCUUUCCAUGUCACGGGGAUGGACGCAGCUGUAUUUGAAGGUUGGACACGGGGAAAGUUGAAGGACAGAUCUCGUGCUCACGAUCUCAUGCAUGCUAACCGGCUCUGUGAACUACGAGCUCUCGUUCGCAACCGACCAUUGAUGAACCUCGAUCGAUUGGUUGAGGAGGCACGAUGCGAGAAGAAAUCUACACAACUGCAUGAUGUCACAAAUGCUGCACAGAUGAAGAAGAUGGUGUCAGAGGUUAAAGACGAGUUGGAAGUCAUGAAGGAGAAGGACAAAGUAUAUCAAGCAGAGGAGGUGCUUGGAGGAGACGUUGACGACUUCGUUCGCCGCAAGUUGGGGUAUCAUGCUGCGCCUUUGCAAUCCGAUCUACUCAGCGCGUCGCCGUUGUCAGGAACAAUUGUCGGGCCAUCUCUGUCCACCAAGCUGAACUUCAUCAUGUCCGAGGUUCUGGAGCAUUCAGAGAAGGAAAAAUUCCUCAUAUUUUCUAAUUCGCCGCUCACUCUUGCCCAUAUCUCAGAGGCACUCUCUUUGAUCGAGAUCAAGAAUUUGAUUUCUGCUUCCCGAGUUAUCUUCUGUGAGCCAGUCUGGCACCCAGAUGUCGAGGCCCAGGCCAUAAAGGAGGCGAUGGUCUCUAGACGUCAUAUUCUGAAGGGGAUGACUACUGAAGUGGGGAUGCGCCAUUUCAUGGAGGUGUUUCCAACAGAGCCACACCAUUCCUCAUCAUCGAUACAGAUCCCCUUGCUAACGCAUGCAGAACCUCGAGCGCAGAACACUCACGCGUCGGAGGAUCUAGCCACAUCGUCCGCCCCAACUCUCAACGUCAUCGAUAGAAUCAGAGUCAAUAAAUGAUAUCCGUAAGAUUAGCACGAGCUUGAUUAGAGGGAACACUUCAACACUCGUACUGAACAAAAUGUGAGGCCUUGAAAUUCCACACUCGUUC